CGCCUAUCACUACGAACGGUACAACGUGACACUAAUCUGUCACGCUUAGAAAUAAUUGUAUCAUGUUCUGUGUCGUGUGUCCACGAAAUACAGUGCUCAUGAUGACUUAAUUUAAAUAUUUCUCACGGACCCCAGUGAAUCCGUCUGCCAACAGAUACUCUACAUGAAACAACUGUUGAAAUGUUUCGCGAAGGUUAUUAUCUAGAAAUAAUUAAGGGUAAAGAGUCCGCGGCAAAUGCAGUUAUAACAGUGAAAGAGAAGUCUGUAGAAAUGAAAAGCAAGAAGAAAAUUACGACUAAUAAAUGGCUCAGUUUAGAAGACUGGGCGUCACUGUAUCAAGUUCUAGAAAAAGCUUUGACACAGAAUGUCCAAGGCUUUCAGAAGCAAGACUCGAUGGCAAACAAAAGGCUCACUAAACACUUGGAAAUCGUAUAUACCAUUGAAGCCUGUGAAAAUCCAACAGACAGAACUUCUCUUCCCACAAUGAGGGUCUGUGUGUCACCGCUGAAGAAAAAAUCCCAUCCCAGAUCCAAAAACACCAAAAAACAGAAUAGCUAUGACUCAGCUGACAAAUCCUGUAAUACCUCUUCAUUAUCUUCUACUACAAGCUCGAAAAUUAUGAAAUUACGGAAGUCAUUAACGACUGGAACUAUUGCGGAAGGCCAAAGGGAUGUCAAAGUAGAGGAGUAUAUACCAGAUGCUCCAAAGACUAAUAAGCCUGUAAAUAGUAAUGGUAACGGAGCAAAGAUUAAGUAUAUUCCAAGUAGGAAGAGUGCCCUGGUAAAUUUACAGACUUCUACAGACUCUAAUGAAUAUGUCCCAGCUGUGCUGAAUGAAGACUUAGCUGCAAACAGUGUACUAGAUACUUUAUAUAUUCCAAAUUCGAUACCCAAAGCUGAAACUUCAUAUGAAACGUACGAGCCGAGCAGCUCUGUGGAAAUGGAAUCUACUCGGAUGUAUAUUCCCAACUCCAAGUCAGGAAGAAAAAAGAUAGAAGAAUACCAGCCAGACUUCACCAGUAAAACUAUGAAGUUCGAUAACAGCUACGUGCCCUCUAGUUCUGCCAAAAUUAAAGAGCUGAAAAAAAGCAGCAGAAAGCCAUCAUUGGGAUCUAAGAAGCUUAAAAACAGGGAAACAGAUUUUGGUAAAACGGAAGUAAGUUCUACAAAACACUCCAACUUGACGAAUCGCUCAAUUAAACGCGAAAUUUGACAUUAUUAGAUAAUGUGAUAUCGGCCGGAUUAGAUACGUGCCACCAUUUAGGUGCUAAAUCAUAAGGAAAAGAAUAGAUAACUAUUUUAUUUAUACUAUCGAAAAUACAGAAUAGUUAAGGAUUGACAGCAGGGUGAUUAUUACAAACAUUCUUCUUUUUUCACUAUAAACUAGAUGAAUUUAUUCUGUGCAAAAGGAUGCUUAUGCCUAUGAUCUGUGUAGGUUCUUUGUUUUCAAUUGUAUCAUACAGUAUUACGUGGGUAAGUAGGGUGAAUGGGUCAUGAUGAAACAAAUCGUGUAAAAUAAUUUUUGAUUUAUUGUUAAAAUUGAUUAUAAUUAUCUGUAAUAUAAUUUUUUUUUAAAAUGAAAUAAAUGCGUACAUCAUC